CGUAAAAUAUACUAAUGUCAAAAAUGAGUUAAUGUCAACAUUUAAACGCAUUCAAACAUAACCUAUAUAAAAAAUAACAUAUUAUUUUAAACAAACGUGAAUAAUGUUUAAAUCGUUAGCACACAAUAUCGACGAUAAACAACGAACGAAUGAUGUAUAUAUUAGUGAAAAUGUUGAUUUUGCAGGAAUGUUGUUAUCUCCAGAUAUUCUUAAUGGUUUAAAUGCUGCCGGCUUUAAAAAACCAUCACCCAUUCAGUUGAAAGCAAUUCCGUUGGCAAUGUGUGGUUUUGACUUAAUAGUUCAAUCAAAGUCUGGAACAGGGAAAACUGCUGUGUUUUCAAUAGUGGCUCUUCAAUCAAUUUCUACACAGAUAAAAGAUCCACAAGUUUUAAUAUUAACACCUACUAGAGAAAUUGCAGUUCAAAUUCAACAUGUUUUAAAUACAAUCGGAUCUGAAUUAAAAGAUUUUAACGCAGAAUAUUUCAUUGGAGGCUUACCAGUUGCUGAAGACAAACAGAAAUUGGUAAAUAAAAAUAUUCAUGUUGCUAUUGGAGCACCAGGACGAAUAAAAAGUUUAAUUGAAAACAAACAUUUAAAAACUAAAAACAUAAAACUAUUUAUUUUGGAUGAAGCAGAUAAAUUAAUGUACGAAUCUUUUAAAGAUGAUAUAGAUUUUAUUAACAAAAGUCUUCCCAAAUCAAAACAAAUUAUUGCAACAAGUGCAACUUAUACAGAUGAAUUACAUAAUUCAGUGGCACAAUAUAUGAAAUCUCCUACAAAAAUUUCUGUAGAAACCGAUAUACCUACUUUACUUGGUUUAAAACAAUUCGUAUCGUUAGUUACACACCACUUGAACAUUGUUCGUCAAAUACAAUAUAAAACGAAUGAAUUAACUCGAAUUCUUUCUACAGUACCUUUUAAACAAUGUAUAGUUUUUACAAAUUAUCAGAUUCGAGCUGAAAGUUUGAGUAAUGAUCUUAAUAAAACGGGUUGGCCAUCAACAUUUAUAGCAGCCAGUCAAACACAAGAGCAACGUUUAAAAGCAUUAAAAAAAUUAAAGAAUCAUGAAUGCCGUUUAUUGAUUUCAACCGAUUUAACUGCUCGGGGUAUUGAUGCAGAAAAUGUAAAUUUAGUUAUUAAUUACGAUGUUCCAUAUGAUGGAGCAACUUAUUUACAUAGAAUUGGUAGAGCGGGACGCUAUGGGUCGCUAGGAUUAUGUAUUACAAUUUGUUGUAAUGGCGAUGAGUAUACAAAAUUUAAAAAUUUGAUUGGUACUAUUAGUACUGAUAUAGAAUUAUUGAAGUUACCUACAAACGAAAGUAUGCCAUCAAAUUUAUGGAAAUGUGAUAACAUGACUUUUGAAAAAGUUUCUUUUAAUCAAUCUUUAAAGGAAAAUACUUUUGAAAAUAAUGAUGGUUGCUCAAACACUUACGAAAUUCAAAGUGAUAAUUUAUUAAAAAUUAGUGACUUACAAUUGGAAGCUGAUAUGAAUUCACUUGUUGAAAAUCAUUUGAAUUCAACGUAUAAUCCGCAAGACAAAAUAAAUAUGGAAAGUACGAAAAAAGAUAACAAUAAAUCCGUAAUUAAUGAAGAAAAAACUUCAGACUUUGGUACACCAAUGCUCCAAGAUUUAUCUUCAACACCACAUGCUAUGAAAAUUCAAAAAGAAAAGCUUUUGAUACAAGAAAAAAACUCUGUUGAUAAGUUAAAUGAUUCAAAAUCGACUGACUUACACAAUUUUGAUGAAAAUAAAGAUGUGAAAACAAAUGAGGAUGUGAAUGAAAAUAGUAGUGAUUAUCAAAAACAAAAAGUUUUUAAAACAACGAUGACAAAUGGUUUUAAAUCAUUUGAUGAGCUAAAAUCAUCUUUUGCCAGCCAUCAAAAUAUUAAUGUCGUACAAAACGGAAACGUAAUAGAUAAAGAUGAUUCAGGCUUAACUAAUUUAGUAAAUUUCGAUAAUCCUCAAGAGAAAACAGUACAUUUAGAUGUAAAUCGAAAUGGAAAUUCUUCACCGGAGAAAUCUGAUAUAGGAAAAACGACGAAUAAAAAAUUCAAAAGUAGUUUUAAAUCAUUUGCUGAGCUAAAAACGUCUAUUGCUAGUCAUCAACAUAUCAAUGGUACUCAAACUGGAGAUCGAAUGGAUAAAGUUGAAACGAAAGGAUACAAGGCGCAUGAAAAACUAACAAAUGGUUCAUCAUUUUCUAAUUUAGAAAGUUUUGAUGGCAGUAAUGAAACAUCACAUGUAGAUGUAAAUCGUAAUGAUAAUUAUCCAUCAAGGGUAUCUGAGUUGGAAAACACAAGAAGUAAAACAUUGGAAAAUGGUUUUAAAUCGUUUGCUGAGUUAAAAACAUCUCUUGUUGGUCGUCAAAAUGUGAAUGAAAAGCAAAUUGGUAUUAUAUUGGAUAAUGGUGAACCAAGUGGUUUCAAAUCAUUCGAAGAACUGAAAAAUAUACGUAAUGAUCAAAAUAAUUGUAAUAAAACUCAAGAAACAUUACCAGAACCUCUAAAUUUAAUAGAAAACUUUGUCGAUAAAUCAAAGCAAUAUACUACAAUGAAUGGUGAGCUAAAAACCACUAAUGGUGAUGAAAAUCAAUCGAUUGUCGAAUCAACUUAUACUAACAUCGAUAAGGUGAAUGUUUCAGAAUUACAAGAGGCAGCUAUUAAUGUUGAAAAAAAUUUAACAAAAAAGAGUGAUUUUGUUCGAAUAAUUGAAUCUAAAGUUGUAAUAGACUCAAAUUCUACUAAAAAAACCUACGAUGAAACAUCAGACAGAUGUAAAUCAAUUGACAAUUAUUCUCAAAGGGUCAAUGAAGAAAUAUCACCUUGUUUCGAAAAUUCACAACCUAAAAAUCAUUCGAAAUCUAAAACUAGUAAAUUUCAUUGUGAUCCAACACAAAAAAGUGAUGAUGAAUUUUAUUAUUCUCAAAACUAUAAUCCGAAUAUAAAUUAUUCAAAUACUAAAUAUGAUUUUAGUAAUGUUUCAAGAUUUUCAGCAUGCCCUACUUGCAGAUGUACGUGUAAUACUGUUAGAGACAAUACGAAUUAUGUUAAUCAGCCGGAUUACUAUCAAUUACAAGAGCAGAAUUACCGUCAAUCAAACAUUAAUACUUCAUUUUAUUCUGGUAAUAAUUAUAUUAAUUCUUGGUAUAAUAUGUGGAGGGAGCAAGUUUUACACGUUCGAAAUCACGUGCAACAGACUAUCUAUAUGAGAGAAAUGAAAAAAUACAAUCAGUAA